GAGGCGGGGAGGCGGCGGCCGCACUCGCUCGCCUGCUAGCUCCCUUCCCGGCACAGCAGCGGGUCCGCAGCUGCGCUUCCUGCCCGCCCACCACUCCGCUGCGCGCCGCCCGAGCAGCCGCCCCUCGGCUGGGUCCCCGCGCGGGUCGGGAGUCUUGCGUGCCGGCGGACACCAAGCGGAGGGCGAGCCGGCGCCACACCUGUGGAGCCGGCGGGCGUCGGGGGUCCGGGCCGGGGUCCCGCCGCGUGCUUGCUCGGGGCUGCGGGCCUCCGGGGCGCCGGGGGAGGCGCGCCCCCCGGCUGGGCGACGCGGGCACUAUGGGGCUCCCCGCGCUCGAAUUCAGCGACUGCUGCCUCGACAGCCCGCACUUCCGAGAGACGCUCAAGUCGCACGAAGCCGAGCUGGACAAGACCAACAAAUUCAUCAAGGAGCUCAUCAAGGACGGGAAGUCACUCAUCAGCGCGCUUAAGAAUCUGUCUUCAGCGAAGAGGAAAUUUGCUGAUUCCUUAAAUGAAUUUAAAUUCCAGUGCAUAGGAGAUGCAGAAACAGAUGAUGAAAUGUGUAUAGCAAGGUCUUUGCAGGAAUUUGCCACGGUCCUCAGGAAUCUUGAAGAUGAACGGAUACGGAUGAUUGAGAAUGCCAGCGAGGUGCUCAUCACUCCCUUGGAGAAGUUUCGAAAAGAGCAGAUUGGGGCUGCCAAGGAAGCCAAAAAGAAGUAUGACAAGGAGACAGAAAAGUAUUGUGGCAUCUUAGAAAAACACUUGAAUUUGUCUUCUAAGAAGAAAGAAUCUCAGCUUCAGGAGGCAGACAGCCAAGUGGACUUGGUCCGGCAGCAUUUCUAUGAAGUAUCCCUGGAGUAUGUCUUCAAGGUGCAGGAAGUCCAAGAGAGAAAGAUGUUUGAGUUCGUGGAGCCCCUCCUGGCGUUCUUGCAAGGACUCUUCACUUUCUAUCACCAUGGCUAUGAACUGGCCAAGGACUUCGGUGACUUCAAGACACAGUUGACCAUUAGUAUACAGAACACAAGAAAUCGCUUCGAAGGCACGAGGUCGGAAGUGGAAUCACUGAUGAAAAAGAUGAAGGAGAAUCCCCUUGAGCACAAGACCAUCAGUCCCUACUCCAUGGAAGGGUACCUGUACGUUCAGGAGAAACGUCACUUUGGAACUUCUUGGGUGAAGCACUACUGUACAUAUCAACGGGAUUCCAAACAAAUCACCAUGGUACCAUUUGACCAAAAGUCAGGAGGAAAGGGGGGAGAAGAUGAAUCCGUCACCCUGAAAUCCUGCACACGGCGGAAAACAGACUCGAUUGAGAAGAGGUUUUGCUUUGACGUAGAAGCAGUAGACAGGCCUGGGGUCAUCACCAUGCAGGCGUUGUCGGAAGAGGACCGGAGGCUCUGGAUGGAGGCCAUGGAUGGCCGGGAACCUGUCUACAACUCCAACAAAGACAGUCAGAGCGAAGGGACUGCACAGUUGGACAGCAUUGGGUUCAGCAUCAUCAGGAAAUGCAUCCACGCUGUGGAAACCAGAGGGAUCAAUGAACAAGGCCUCUACCGAAUCGUGGGGGUCAAUUCCAGAGUCCAGAAGCUUCUGAGUGUCCUGAUGGAUCCCAAAACUGCUUCUGAAACAGAGACCGAUAUCUGUGCAGAAUGGGAGAUAAAGACGAUCACUAGUGCUUUGAAGACCUACCUAAGAAUGCUUCCAGGACCACUCAUGAUGUACCAGUUUCAAAGAAGUUUCAUCAAAGCGGCAAAGCUGGAGAACCAGGAGUCUCGAGUCUCUGAAAUCCAUAGCCUCGUUCAUCGGCUCCCAGAGAAAAAUAGGCAGAUGUUACAGCUGCUCAUGAACCACUUGGCAAAUGUUGCUAACAACCACAAACAGAAUUUGAUGACCGUGGCAAACCUCGGUGUGGUGUUUGGACCCACCCUCCUGCGUCCUCAGGAAGAAACGGUGGCAGCCAUCAUGGAUAUCAAGUUUCAGAACAUUGUCAUUGAGAUCCUCAUAGAGAAUCAUGAAAAGAUAUUUAACACCGUGCCUGAUACGCCUCUCACCAAUGCCCAGCUGCACCUGUCCCGGAAGAAGAGCAGUGACUCCAAGCCCCCUUCCUGCAGCGAGAGACCCCUGACGCUCUUCCAUGCCAUGCAGUCAGCAGAAAAACAGGAACAAAGAAACAGCAUCAUCAACUCCAGUCUGGAAUCUGUUGUCUCAUCAAAUGCCAACAGCAUCCUUAAUUCCAGCAGCAGCUUACAGCCCAACAUGAACUCCAGUGACCUGGAACACGAUAUGCUCAAACCCACCCGGCCCAACUCACUCCCCCCGAAUCCAAGCCCAACUUCACCCCUCUCGCCAUCUUGGCCCAUGUUCUCGGCGCCAUCCAGCCCUAUGCCCACCUCAUCCACGUCCAGCGACUCAUCCCCCAUCAGGUCUGUUGCAGGGUUUGUUUGGUUUUCUGUUGCUGCCGUUGUUCUCUCAUUGGCUUGGUCCUCUCUUCAUGCAGUGUUCAGCCUCCUCGUCAACUUUGUUCCCCGCCAUCCAAACCUGCACUUGCUUUUUGACAGGCCAGAAGAAGCGGUUUGCGAAGACUCCAGCACACCGUUCCGGAAGGCAAAAGCCUUAUAUGCCUGCAAAGCUGAACAUGACUCAGAACUCUCGUUCACAGCAGGCACCGUCUUUGACAAUGUUCAUCCGUCUCAGGAGCCUGGCUGGUUGGAAGGGACUCUGAACGGAAAGACUGGCCUCAUCCCUGAGAACUACGUGGAGUUCCUCUAACCGUGGGCCCCAGCAGACCUGCUGAGCUUUCCAUGGUAUCCAUGACAACCGCUGAUCCCAGUGCUGUAGGCCGUUUCUCUUUGCCACUGAGAAAUGCAGGGUGACUGACUCGGUUACUAUCUGUCAACGCAAAUGUUUCUGUGAACUCUGGAGUCACCCAUCCCCAUGACCAUGGCCGCUGGCAUGCGGUGAUACUGCGAAGAACAGAAGGCAAUCAGCCGUGGAGACCAUUUGCUUUUGAUAACCACAAGAGUGGCUGGCAAAACCGUUCCUUUCCUUUAGCGCCCUUCGUAGGGAGCAUUUAUUUUGUUUCAGCAGUCAUCCAAACCCCCAACCUUCGGAGACAGGAAGUAAGAAAGAUGUAAGUUGUCCUCAAGAGCAUGCAGUGUAGCUUCAGUCUGACAGGCCUGGGCAUUGGCUCUGAGACUUGUUGCUUCUGUUUACAGUAGACACUCUCUUACCCCACCUCCAGAUACUUGAGACCCACAGUGCUACAGGCAGCUGGGUCUGUCUGUGCGAAUGCACGAGGGACAGGGGUUACGGCACUGUUUACACAAGAUGCAAUCUCUCACCAUCUCCAGGCAGCCUCAGCCAAGCCUCAGCAGAAUGCAGCUCAGUCCUCUCGUGCAAGGGAACACACACACCCCACGUUCCCCCUCCCAGGCUAGGAACUUCGCUGCCACCGAGGGCUGCCAUCACCUCGUAACCACAGCAACCCAACCUACUCUGAAACCAAACCAAAAAAAAUAACACUUUUUGCAUGACGUUUUUUUUUUCUCCCUGCUUUCUGGUCAUUGUCUGAGUGGUUUUCCAACAACCUGAAGCAGAAGGUCAAGGAAUGAGUGGUCUGCUUGGGGCAGACAGAAUGGCAGCUGGAAACUGUUCCCUUUCUGAUGAAUUUCAGCAGCAUCAGGAUAUAUUUGGAGCAAACUCUAGUAACCUCUUGAGAUUAAAUUACAUAAAGGCUUAAUAUUUCUGUUCUUCCAUGCUUUCCAGGGGGCAAUGUGCUGCUUCCCCAUAGGUAACGUCCUCCCUUUAACUCAUUCCUUCCAUGGUGUCCUGGUCCCAUGGCCCUUCCCAUGCCCUUGCCUGCCUGGAGCCCCUCGUUGACAUGGCAGUGCUCUGGGCUGCUGAGCCCUGGUGCCCUGGUGGCUUUCAGGGGUGAUUCUGGAGCUAACUCUAUGGCCUGUGAGUUUAAAGGACAUACGUGUUCACUGCCACUCAGAAAAAGGGAAUUGCUUCUCAGACUUUAGAGGCACAAGAUUCAUAGCGCAAGCCAUCAUAAUUCAGGAGGUCACCACAGAGUUGAGGCACGGAAGGCAGAUUGGGUACCUUCUGAGAAAGAGAAUUUCCUGGUCCAGAAGGGGCUGGCUCUUCUGGAAGACUACCUGGGGAGAGAAAGUUGGACCUGGACAUGUCACAUUCACUUGACCUUCAAAGAACAGAGUUCCCAGUAUCUUCCACAUUCGAAUGUCCUCGCAGAGGUGACUCUGGGCACACGACCUCCAAACUGAUGGACCACCACACUCCCCAGGAGCCCCUCGGGAUGGCAGCAUUGCUCCAGAGUGUUUGCCACUUCUGGAAUUCCUCUUUAGAGAAGUUAAAGAAGAAGAGAAAAACUUGAAUUGUGUUGAAUUACUGUAUCUUUUACUUUAAAAAAAAAAAGACUUGUAAAUAGAGUGAUUUGAAAUAUUAUAUGGCAAAGUUUUAUAUUUGAUAUUCUUGAAGCUAGUUACUCCACACGUUUAAGCUCUGAUUAUUGAACAGGUGUGUGUAUGAGGGAGAAAGAGGAGGUGAGGUUGAAAAGAGGCAAGGUCCUCGCCCCCUCUGGCCUUGAGAAAGGAGAAAACAUUUCUGCACGCUCUCUGCUGGCUCUGGUUGGUGGGCAUGAUGUACUGUGGGUAUUUAGUCUUCUUUAUGCAGAUGUGUUUUUGAGCUUUUCUUUGAAUUUUGAGAAAGAAAGAGCAUUUUCAGGCAAUGAAUGUUUCAAAGAACUCUUGCUCAGUAGUAAGAAGCAGCUCAGGAUUCACAUAGGUGGGGCUCCGAGUUAGAUUUUGUUUUUCUGUGUUUCUUCUCAGGUGUAUUUCUUGGUACUCCAAGAUGUCAGGACAGAUGGUAAUGAGAUAGUUGUGUGCUCCUUAUAUCUGACUCCUCCACACAUCUUCCAGGGCUGUAUACAUGAGGCUGAGCUAUUUUGUAAAUGUUGUGUGUGUGUCUAAGUCCUAGGAAAAACUGGCUUCUUAGGAUCUUGGGUCCUCAGUACACUGCUGCUUUCCCUUCCCCUAAAUACUUCCCUUCCUGUUCAUCUCAAGUUUCCUGCAACCCCCAAGCAAGAGGAAAACUCCACAGAGGGAUAGGGGUUGUGCCAUUACAGCUGUAGAGAUGGGCUUCAAUUUAAAACGGUGAUUUAGUUCAUCAGCUCAAGGAUUUACACCACUGUGGCACAGAACCUCACCUCGCCACGAGCGAGACAUGACCCCUGAAUUAGGGAAUAGGCACUGAGACUGGAUAAGACCAAGAGAGGACCCAGGAAAGCUCUCACUACACACCCGAGAAGAAAGAGAACACGCACAGUGGCUGCACAUACUCCCCACAGACCUCGAACAGCUCAGGGACCUGUUCAGUUGGGCCUGAGGGAGCAAGCCUAAUCUGUACCACCGUGCACUCUAAAUGGAAAGAGCUCAACAUACUGUGUUUAACACAUUGGACAUUUUACGUGGUCACCUGCCACACUGGAACCUUAGCUAGAGCUACUACAGGGGAGCAAGAGGCCGAGGCCCUGAUUUGGGGAGCUCCUUGCUAAGGCAUAGCUGUCGACACUUGGCCCCAGCUUGACCGCCCAGAAGCUUGUCCGUCUCUCCUCAGUUGGCCCUGAUUUGAACCAGAGGAGAAUGGAGCUGCUGUCAGCCUGCACAUUCAGGUAGACCCCUUCCUACUUUUUCUGGGCCCAUGCUGGGCCUGUGACAGAUGGCUGCCCUGCAUCCUUUCCCCAGCCAGGCUCGCCUCCUCCCCGUUGGCUGCAGAACUGGACAGACCUUUUCAGAAUAUGAGCCAACAAACAGGGAAGGAAUUUGAAGACCAAAAAUAGAUUUUACCUUCUCUCCCCGCUAGGCCCCCCACCCAUCAUUCUGCUUGAAUAGGGAACUUCAGGGCAGAAUGAGAAAAGUGAACUAGAUAUCAGAAUGGAGGACUAUGGAUCAAGAUCCCUGAGCUUUCUGAGGAGCCUUGUGUUUGUUUUGUAAGGCCCUGGGAUCAUGCAUACAGAGCCUGAAUCUUUUCUUGGGCAUUAUGAUCAGUCUGUCACUCCUCUGGGCACUCAAAAAACUCCAUAGCUCCAGAAUGCCAUGCUGUGAAAGAACUAGUUUCACAUCCCUGCCCCUAAGCAAGUAAAUUCUUGCUCAAGACUGAUGAUACUCUCUUCUCUUUUUAAAAAUCGUUGUAUAGGGAUGGACCCUGUAUAGCACAGUCUUCUUUAGUAUCCUAUAAUUGGAACCAGUUUUUAGCUUAGUGUUUUAAUACUUCUACAGCCAUUAUGUGUUUACCUCUGCCAGACCAAACUCUCUCCUUCAGUGUAAUUCUAGUUCAUCUCCUUUUGCUGAGUGCUUUUUUGGAUGGAGAGGCACAGAGAAAGAAAAGAAUCAAUCAAGUAUUGGUAGAUUGGCAUUACCAGGACAGAGCCACGAUAGUAACAAGAUUAUAUCAGGCACUUCCAGGACUCUAGGGAUGUGUGUGCAUUCCCAUAUCUCAGAGGAACGUCCUUCUAUGAGCUGUGUCUCCUGACAGCAGCAACUCCAGUCACUCCAGAAGUUCUGUCUUGACUACAGAGACUGCAAAAGCAUCCAUGGUUGAAGGGUAGGGAGACAGAAGUAAUUGGCUCAAGGUAAUUUGAUCCCCUCUUCAUGACUAUUUGCUGGCACCUUUCAUUCUCUGGCUUCUGUUGCCAAAACCAAGUCUGGACCAGUAGUUUUAUAAACACAGGAGUCCCAGGUAUAGCGGUGGUCGCCAUGGUACCCACGAUGUGCUCUAGUACAAAACGUUUGAUGAACAAUCAUAUUACCCAUGAGCAAUCAUAUUACCCAAGGAGGUCACCACCAUUGACGAAACCCAGUAGCCACCUGACUUAAAAAUGAAUGUCCUGGGUAUUCCGUCUCCAGAGUGAUCUGUCCUCUUCUGGCGAACUUGACAGUCAUCAGUUACCUAGACAACCCUGCCCCAUGUUGUCUUUUAAGUCAACUGUCGUCCUCUCACACACCCUUUACUAGUGUUUAAAAAAUGUAUCCUGUGUUCAAAUGCAUUUGGCAGCCAAGCUGAUCUGCUGGGUGCUGAACCACUUCUCUGUAAUUGUAGCAUCAGAAUGACAACAGCAGAGCAAGGAACCUUGUGCUGUCCUCCAGCACGCCUGAGACAAGACUCCAACAAGUAAUAAUUAGCCUUUCUCCUUUCGCCGCCUACAGUACUUGUCUAGCUAAAGAACUUCCCAAAGCACAGGGAGAGACCAUGUAGAGAAUCCAGGUGUCCUUCAGAGCCGCCAGUCCUUGCUAAAAUGUAGUCUCCCCAUGGAAGCCCUUGUGUUCUUGGGGGGCAAAGGUAUUGGAUGUGCAGUAGUGCCGGAAGCAGAGAGAAAGAGAAAGGUGAACCAUAUUGAAGAACUUAGGAUUAUUUUUACAAGAAAGAAAUAUAGUUGGUAAUAGGGAAAAACACAUCACAGAGAAAGUGCGCAACUAAUUUUUACAAAAGUUUUCCAGGACACUACAAGAUGGGAACAUCUUUCAAGGUGGGAUACUGUAGGGAGUGAAAGCGUGGCAUGGUCCCAGACUCCUAGAAGAAGAGCAGUUAGUAUUAUAUGAAAAUUCUCUUGAGCCCAGUCAGAACCAGAGUACUGAUAAUCAAAAUGUCACAUUUACCCAGAGAGGUCCUGGAGAGGUCAAGGUGUUCUCUAUCCAUUUCUACAAAGUUGUCCCGACAGACACCUACGGGCAGCUGCCUUGGGUAUCCAGCUGCCAGGGUCAACCUUGUGCCUGUGAAAUGAGGUUCAUCUGUUGAUUCUAAAGCAUCUGUGUAUCAGUACGUGUUUGUGUAUGUGUACAUAAAGCACACAUCUACAAAGGCGAAGAUACAGACUCUUCUCUGGAGAUGCACACAAGCCGGCAUUUGCUGAACCUUUGCAGCCUUUAAGAGUUAGAAGUUGGGAAUUAGAGAAACGGCAGGCUAUUGACUAUCAAAAGGACAAAAGAUGUAAAUUAAGUGCCAUUUUAAAACUUUGUAUUUAUCAAAUGGUUACUAUGGACAGCUAUAUUCCUCAGUCAUGUAUUAAAAGUCGUGUUGAAAAACAGAUCAGACACCUAAACCUGUAGUAGCUAAUACUAGGCUAGCGCUCACAAGCACUCUAAAAGACAUUUUGUCCAUAUUUUGGAGAAGAAACUAUUUGCAUGUUUAACUCCUAAUUUAGGCUACCUUUGAGUAUACUGCAAAGUGCUGUGUGAUAUAAUAUCAAUAAAGUACGUAAAAAUGGCACUUUAAAUUUUUUUAAAACCAUAAAUAAUGCACUGUUUUAAACUUCAGUUCAGUAUUGAAUAUUGACUGGUGUAUAAAAUCCAAUUCCGUAAUUAAAAAGUAAUUUGUGACUAGACUAGAACUUGUUCCCUGUCAUUAGUAAUAAUAGUCUUGCCGUGUUGAGGCUUUUUGAACAAUGUGCUUUUGCAUCACUAAGCCUAUCUUUAAAGACAAUACAGUUUCUGUCGAGUGGCCUCUGAAACUUGGCUUUCUUUCAUUUGCUUGGUUUAUGUGACAAUCCUUAUGAAACGAGCGGAAGUAUGAUUUUUGAAUUAAAUGACUUUUCCAUUUGGUGGCA